AUGAGGCUGAUCAGUAGGGAUGCACCAAUUCCAAUUCUAAUUCUUGGCUUGGAAUUGUCGGAAUUGGUUAGAAUUGGAAUUGGAAUUGGUCGGAAUUGGUCGAAAUUGGAAUUGGAAUUGGAAUUGGUGGGAAUUGGUUGGAAUUGGAAUUGGAAUUGGUCUGAAUUGGUUGGAAUUGGAAUUGGAAUUGGUCGGACUUGGUCAGGAAUUGGUUGGAAUUGGUCGGAAUUGGUCGGAAUUGGUUUGGAAUUGAUUGGAAUUGGAAUGGAAUUGGUUGAAAUUGGUCGGAAUUGGUCGGAAUUGGCCGGUAUUCGUCGCAAUCAGCAUCGAUUAGUGGUAGGUAUGUCACAAUUCCAAUGCAGUAUUGACCUAUUGGUAUUGAAUAGUAUUCGUAUUUGCUAUAUCCCUAAUUUUUUCGUUCAAGGAGGGUUUUUUAAGAAAAUAACGAUUCUUUAUAAAGUUUCACCAAAGGUUUUUGGGGUCGAGGAAUUUGAAUCUGCAAUCAGUUAUUAAAAUUUUAUACUUGAUUUUUUCACGGGACAAAGGGUUUUUUAAGAAAAUAACGUUUUUCUAUAAAGUUUGACCAAAGGUUUUCGGGGUCGAAGAAUCCGAAUCUGCAAUCAGUUUUUUAAAUUUUAUACUUGAUUUUUUUCACGGGACAAAGGGUUUUUUAAGAAAAUAACGUUUUUCUAUAAAGUUUGACCAAAGGCUUUUGGGGUCGAAGAACCUGAAUCUGCAAUCAGUUUCUGACAAUUUUGAGUUUGACUUUCUUACUAAGAAAUAUUUUUAGCAAAAAAAAAAUCGGUUUUUCCUUAAAAAACAUUUUUUUAAGUGAGAAAGUGAUUUUCGUGUACUCAAAAAGUGAGUACACUCUAGAAUCGGUCAGUGUGACCGUCCGUUCGUCAGGCAGUUUACACGAUAACUCUUGAGAAGAUAAACCGAUUGUCAUGAAACUUUCUGCAUAGAAUUGUCUCAUUGAUAUCUCGGUCGAGUGCGAAUAUGAGAAUGAUUCGUCAAGAAAUUAUUGAGUUAUCGCAAAAAAUGUCAUUAUUUCGUGUGCUUUUCUAUGCAAACAUGGACCUAUCCUGGUUUUCGUAAAAACUCUUUUCUCGUAAUCAAUAGAAAUCUCAACUAUUAUAUACCAUUCGAUAGAGAAUUUCACGGGUUACAAAAUGGUAUAUAAAACAUUAAGAAACAAGAAGGUUAUUGGAAAGAUACUUGGUACUAAUUUUUACUUUAAACAUAGGAGCGAUAUACCAUUCACAUACAGCACUGUGUGAUUGCGAGGGCACUAUCUCUAAAGUAAACUACUGUCCGUUUCAAAAUAAAAUGUGCGUGGGUAUUUUUUGAAUAACUUUUGAUAGGAACAAGAUAGAGAGGUGCGGUUUUCGCCAUUAGAAAGAGAAGGCUCAGAGACAUUAAUAAAUGCUAAAAUAUGAUUGGUGAGCAAUGGACCAAUCUGAUGCAUUCUCGAUAGAUAUGUUGAGCACCCUUAGUCUGAAGUCAUUUCUCAACCUAACCCUAUUUGUUCAUUUAUAGAU